AAAAUCCAACAAAGCUUUGGGCAUUUGCAGUUGUUCGGAUGGCAGUAUUUCUGUCAUGUCAGUCGCCACUUUCUUCCUCCCUCCAACCUCCAAAACUGUCCACAAUCAACUCAAAACGCUCAAUCUCCAUUGCCCAUAUCCCCAAAACAUUCAGAACAAGCUACCCAUCUCUGACCCAUCAACCCAUUUGCUGUUCUUACUCCAGUUCUCAAUCAGAAUCCCAUAGUUCUACUUCAGCAGGAGUUUUCAUCAAAGGAUUGCCUCAAUCAACCGCUGAAGGACGUUUGAAGAGGGUGUUUUCACAGUUCGGGGAAGUCAAACAAGCAGUCAAUGUUGUCAGAGAAAGAGUAUCUAAGCAGUCUUUAGGAUCUGCUUUUGUUUGGUUCGAUGAGGAACAAUCGGCCCAGUUAGCCGUGAAGGAGAUGAAUGGAAAGUUUUUUGAUGGCAGGUUUAUUUUAGUUAAAAUUGCAAUGCCUGGAUUGUCCAAAAAUCGGGGGAGGGCAACACCAUACAGAUUCUAAUUUUUGCCUCAUUUUAAAGCUUCUUUUUCCUGGAAAUCAUUCUGAGCCAAUAAAAAUGUAAGAAGCAUUUCACCUAGUGUCAGAUGCAACUAACAGCUUAAUUCAGUGCUUAGGGAAGCAUAGUGCAGUCUUUCACUUAUGGUUUCUGUUAAGAAUCGAAGAGAUUUUUUGUUGUGUCCACCUUUACCUGUAUGAAUAUUUGUUACUCCUAUCUGUCUUAUCUUCAAUAACAAAUGAAAAUUUGAGUGAACA